AUUUCUUGUCCAGUGAUGAAAAUUUUUUUCCUGCUAUUUACAGAAUCGUCUUCUAGUGAAGAACACCUGCUAGACUUGCAACACCAUGGGAAGCUUCAUGAAAAUUCGCAGUUGUGUUUUGACAGGGCUGCUGCUUGUUCAGAUGCAUUGCAUGUUAAUUUAUUCAAUUCCAGUUCUUAUGAAAAUGCUAGUUCAGAACUGCCACCUGUUAGUCAUCUUGAUAUGAGUGUCAUUAAGGAUCUACCUGCUGAAAUAAUUUCAGAAAUCAAUGUUGCUUACCAGGGGAAGUUAUAUGAUCUUAUGAAGAAACAUGAUGAUGACCAGCAAAACAAUAGGUUGAUUAAAUCUCUGGAGAUAGUUACUUGGUAAAUUGAAAAAGACUGACAUCGGAGGCAAAAUAAGACAUUUGUUGGACCUAAAUACAUGCAUCCAAUUUGUGUGGCAGUAGUUCUGGGAGUGGGUUCUAGAUGGUAACUGCAUGCUGAUUAUUAAACUUACAGGUUUGUAUCUAAGGGACACAGUAUUUACAUCUCUUGCGUGAAUGCUUAUGAAAAGAAAUAACUCCACAAUUAAAAGCGGACCCCCCUUUCUAAUGUGACGCUUGUCAAGAAUUACGUAUAACAAUGAUUUACUUGAAUUUGAGCUUUGAUUUUUUGUACAAUUUAUACAUGAGAAGCACAAUGGCAUGAUACUGGCUACAAUCUGUUAGAUGGGAUGCAACAAAACUGUCUAAACAAAAGAGAGUUGUGGGCUCCGAAAAUUUGGCUAGGGCUCUGCCCGCUGUUGCUUUCUUCGGGAGGAGUUUUAACGGAUUUAAGUUCCGGGGUAAAUUUUGGAAGGCAAAUGCGUUUUUAGAUAAGACACUACCAAGAGAUUUUGCUCUCAUUAUAUGAGGACUUCAUGAUCUGAGUUCUGGUUUCUUAUAGGCGCAAGCCCCUAUAGUUAAUUACCCCUCCUAAUAAUGAGAGAGAACUUUCGACUAAGGCUAGUCGUCGAGUGAA